CUUAUUGAUUUAUCCUUUUCUUUUACAGUCGCAAACUUGACAAUGGACGCUGACGGCGGCGAUGGCGAGUUUUGGGAUGACAUGUUUGGCCCGUCGGAGCUGGCUGCCAUGGACAACGAACGGGCUUGGGAUGUGAGUCCGACAGAGGAGGAAGAUUUGGCAAGGGUCUUGAUGAGCGAAGACGAGCUUAUUGCACAAUUGAACGCGGCUCUGGAUGACGAGCCUAUGGAAGAGACGUCUGCUGCUGUUUCUGAGACGGCGACUGAAGUUGCUGCACCGGUCGUAACAGCCGAACAAGAGCAACGAUUUGCUGCGGCGGCCUCUCCCGAAAAAGCUAAGAGGUCCAAUCCUGUUCCCCUGUUAUUGCCUGGGACGCCACAGACUGUACCGCAGACGUUUGCCAAUGGUGGCUCUGCGCAAUUCACAGGCCAGACUUCGACUGCUUCGACACCUACGACGGCGAUUACCUCUAUCAACAAUCUCAAUAGAGGUCCGCCGGUCACCGUCUUUCAAGGAAUUCAGCCACAAGCCGCACAAUAUCAAAAUACUGUAUCCCAUGAUGGCAUUACUACUGCGAAAAACUACGGGGUACGGCCAGGUGUGCUCAGCAAUAUGGCUGGGCAAACGAUGUACACGCAGGCUGUGGAUACGCGGGGCAUAAGGGCUCCAAUGAUGAAUCAACAGGCAAUGCCAAUGCAAAGCAUGUCCCAGUUCUCCUCAGGGAUACCUAUGAAUGGCAUGUCCGUGAACGGGCAGGCUAUGAACGGACAAGUCAUGAACAACGGGCAAGCUCUGCCUUACUUCCAUCCCCAGCCUGCUGUCAACCCUACCCAGUUCUCGCAACCUUUCACUGGAAACAGCAUCAAUCAGCCUGCUUGGCCAGGCCAAACAUCGUUUGCCACGUCUUUGCCACAGACCAUGGCUCCUCCGCCUACUCAGCAGCAAACUAUGCCUCAGCAGGCGAUGUCGCAGCAGAGUCCACCACAACAAGCGUCGAACGAGUCUGCGGCUGCACUGGCUAGUGCUCAGAUGCCACCUCCACCAGUGCCUUCUCGGACUGGAUGGAUGUCAAAGCAGCAGCAGCAGUUGCAGCGAUUGCAAGGGCCUUCAGGGCAAGCUAAUGGACGAUACAAAGCCAUCCAGCCAGCGGUGAAAAUUAAGGAUGUGCUGGAAAAGCACGACACCACUGCCUACGAUGAUCUUGUCAUGAUUGUCCACUACGCUUAUCUCAAGGGAGUCACCUGGGGCCAGCAAGUGGAUAAUACUAAGUUGUGCAACGAGAUCAAGAACAAGGGAACCAUCUUAAGCUCUACGCUAGAAGCACUGCGAGAGCAUAGCCUCGAAAGACUGACCAAUGACAUGAGCAUCUAUCUGCACAACGGUACACAGCCGCUUCACAAAGCAGAAGCUCACAAGGCGGCCAGAGAGGUUGUUUCGGCAUUUUGCACUAAGCAUACGCAAAUCCACGCCGCCCUCAAAACUGUUCGUGGGCUUGUCUCCAAGCCAACCGAGCUCCCGGAGGUUAUUCAAAGAGUCUCUGAUAUCCCUAAGAAGUACAUCUACCAGUUUAAGCCACCACAAACGGGCAGCACGAUAUCUCAGCCUGCACCUGCGCCGACUGAAGUGCCCAGGGCUCCCGACGCAGAGAAGACGUUUCGCCUCACUCAGGCCUAUAUCAAGGUCAUUGAUGGCCAAGAGACGGUGUUUCACAUGUGCAGCGAUGGAGACGUGCGAAUUCUCAACGACGAGCAGUAUCACGAGGCGAAAGCCCGUACGGAAGAUUAUAAUCGGGUCCUGGCGCAGUUUAAAGGCACUGGCACACCUGGGAUGGGUUUGGGCGGACCGAGGACAACUCCAAUUCCUGCAACUCAGACUGAGGGAGCUAUCCGUAUUCCAGCUGAAAAGCCGCAGAGGAAGCGAAAGGCGUCUGUCGCACCGUCGACCCCGAAACGACGUCGUUCUCGUAGAGACUCGGCGAAAGAAGCUGUGCCCAGUGUUUCCGAUGGGUCUGCUACAAGUGCCUCUGUAGCCGAAUCUCCCAAUGCACAGAAAGUAGCAGCACAGGGGACACCUUCAUCAUCGGUGGCAUCCACAUCAGCGUCGGCUUCGACAGGACAGUCCUCCAACGGACUGGCGUCUGCCCCAGAUACUGCUUGGAUACAACCGGAUUUUGCAGGUUAGAACCCUGUAGGUUUUUCAUAGUAGGACGACGCAGCAUGAACGAUACACGGCACGGAGCAUUGUACAAUAUAUAUUAUAGAUCAGGACACUCACUGAUAUUGGACGGUUUUUGUUUUAGAAUUGGUACAGGGCAUUGUUUUCUUUUUGUCUUUGGUUUUGCAUGGAUACCGAGUAGAAGUUUUCACCAGGCUUACGAGCUGUUGCUGUAAUUGAAAUUUUCCUUUU